CACAAGCGAGCGCGAGCCCGUGCCAUUCCUUUUGUCUGCUUUGGGGUCUCCGCUAAUCGCCAUGGACUACGACGCAUACGAUGCCCUGCUUCACCACAUCUUCAAGCAAACCCAGGGAGACGCGUGGUUCAAACCCUCCGCGGAGAACGUCCACGCAGGCGUCUGCUUGCGAGUCGAUUCUGGUCGCUUUCGCGUCUUCCCAUACGAGAACCUGCACCUCGAACCGUUUGAGGCUGCCGUCAGAGCGCUCAACCCCGUCGUCGCUGUCAAGAUCCGCAGCGCUGCCAUUCACGCCGCGCUCUCCACAACUCAGCUGGAUGCAGACGCCAUCUUUGUCGAUGUGGAUACUCGUAUCCAGAUCUUGGAUUCGAUUGCAUUCCUGUCACGUGCAGACAGGGAACAGUGUGCUGCCUUCAUCCGUGACGAGCGCGUCCUCGUGGUCUGGUCUUACUCCCUCGACAACAUCAUCUCAACAUGCCGCGACUUUGACGAGAAGUUGAUUCAGCUCGCCUGGAAGCACCGGUCCGCCUUCACCUCGCUCGCCAGCUCGGCGGUGGCGUCUGCCAAUGCAUCUCACACUAACCUCAACGACUGGUCGAGGCAGCCUGCGAUCAACGAGAAGGAGGUCGCAGCGCUCGCCAAGGAGAAGGAGCUCCAGCCGAAGAGGAAGAGGAGCUGCAGGCUCGGCUACUUUGUGUCGGACAAGAACGACGUGGAGAAGACGGCGCAUGGUCCUUCGCAUCGGCCCGUCCGCCUGUUUGCACCCUUCUACUCUGGCCUUGCUGCGGCACUUUCUACUUUCUUCAUUGCCAGCGGUGUCAGUGUCAUGAUCCAGGAGACCGUGCUUGACGACACCUACACUCGCUUUGUGCUCCUUGCAACCACCCCGCUGCUGUUCUGUGUCUCGCUAUGUCCAUACGAUGUGCAGUUCUUCUCGCUGCAGAUCGUCACUAAUGUUUCCUAUGUACUCGGUCCUGUGGCGCAGUUCCAUGAGAACUCGAAGUACUACUCGGCUAUUCCUCCCGCACCAAAUAAGGACGUCGAUGCGAAUCUGCCACAUAUCACCAUCGAACUCCCGGUGUACAAGGAAAGUCUGAAUGAGGUUAUUGCGCCAUCGGUGUACUCCCUCAAGAAGGCAAUGCAGACAUACGCCCGCCAGGGCGGCACCUCCGCUAUCUUCGUCCACGACGACGGUCUACAGCUUCUUCCCGAAUCGGACCGUGUGGCGCGCAUCGCGUUCUACGCAGACAACAAUAUCGGAUGGGUGGCACGUCCUGCGCACGACAACGCGCCCGAUGGCUUCAAGCGCGCGGGUCGGUUUAAGAAGGCAUCGAACAUGAACUACGGGCUCGCGCUGUCGCUCAAGCUCGAGAAGCACCUCCUAGCACUCGAAGCGGAGGCAGCGUCGCGCGGCGGCGAGGAUGCGCUCACGGAGGACGGCGAGUGUCUGGAGGACAAGGCAAUGAACAAGGCCAUCGAGGAGACCUUCGAGGAGAGUGGGCACCGCUGGCGGCCGUGGGCGCGCAACGGCAGGUCGCUGCGCGUCGGCGAGAUCAUCCUGAUCGUCGACUCGGACACGGUCGUGCCUGAGGACUGCCUGCGCGACGCGGCGCGCGAGCUGUACGAGUCGCCCGAGGUAGCGAUCAUCCAGCACGAGUCGGACGUGAUGCAGGUAGCGCACCACUACUUCGAGAACGGGAUCGCGCACUUCACGCGGCGGAUCAACAAGUGCAUCUCGAUGGGGUGUGCGAAUGGGGAGGUUGCGCCAUUUGUGGGGCACAAUGCGUUCCUGCGGUGGUCUGCGCUACAGGAUGCGGCGUUCGUCGAUGCUGCGGACGGGGUGAGGAAGAUUUGGUCUGAGGCGAAUGUGUCGGAGGACUUUGACAUGGCGCUGCGAUUGCAGCUGAAGGGAUACAUCAUUCGAUGGUCGACGUACUCGGAGGGCGGGUUCAAGGAGGGAGUGUCGCUGACAUGCGAUGACGAGUUGAAUCGAUGGCAGAAGUAUGCUUAUGGCUGCAACGAGCUGAUCUUCAAUCCGCUCAUCCACUGGUGGCGGUUGGGCCCAAUCAACAAGCAGCUGCGGAUCUUCAUCUGGUCUGCCGCACCCGUCCACUACAAAUUCAGCAUGCUUUCGUACAUGUUCUCGUACUAUGGUAUCGCUGCAGCCGCACUACUAGCCACGAUGAACUACUUUCUGUUGGGGUGGGGUGUCACGGCUAAGGGUAUACUGUGCAAUAAUCUAUCUAUCCUGUGCUGUGCCACUCUCAGAGGAGCUGAGAAGCACACGAAUAUCGCCACGGGGACCAAUCACGAAAUGGCCAAUUCGGCUUGCUUGCGCCGGGGAAGCGGCCUGCAUCCAUUUCUAUGUCACGAUGCUGGCACCUGUGCUUCGCUGUCAACAUUUUGUAUGGGUUGGCCGCGCAUCAACGGCGCACGAACGUGGAGGCUCUUCUCCGUUUCUCGCAUCCACUUGCCGGUAAAAACACAUCUCUUGCGUCGGGGUCGCCGCGAGACCGUCCAACGGCACGUCAGAAUGGAAGGGCAGUACGAUAAGAGCUCCGAGUCGGAUGUAUCUGUGUCCAUUUGCAGUAGCUUCCGAGGCGGCAAGUGCGCUUUUUGUCCGCCUAUCGGGGCACGCGCCGUCCGCCCUUUGUUCUUCCGUGCUUCUAGCGCUUCUUCGAGCCGUACCCAUACCCGUUCUCGUUUGGCUAGUUGGAUGCCAUCACCGAAGCACCCCGCAUCGUCACGGCACGACACGCUGAUGACCACAAGAGACGGGAACGAGCUGUCGAAUAACCCGCAGAACGGGCGGCCGGAGACGCAGGAAGAUGUGUGGUCACUGGUGCCGAUGGCGCGUGAUCCGCCAAAGACCUCAAUAAGGGAGAAGCACGAGGAUCCCGAUGCCGGCACCAUCUCCGAUGGGCAGUCGGACCCGGUGCAGUUGAUGGCUAUCGACCUUCCUGUAACGGCAGCACGGCCCUCGCUGAAACUGUCACGGUCGGAAUUGAAGGUGUCCGUUCUUUCACAUAGGCUUCAUCGAGUAUAA